UACCUUAGCCAUCCAUGUGUUGUCCAAUUUAUAUUGUCAAUACUGUAUAUAAACUAGCAAUUUGUUAAAAUAAUAAUUUGAAUUUAGUUAUGACAAUGUUGUUGAAUACAAUUAGAGGAUUAACAGCAUUUGUUACCGGUGGUGGAUCUGGUCUUGGUCUGGCCGUAUGUCGACAUUUAGCGAGACUUGAUGCACGUGUAAUAACAAUCGAUUUGAAGCCAAGUGAAGAAAAAAUUGAUAAUGUUAUCGGAAUAAAAGGUGAUAUCAGAAAAGAAGCUGAUAUAAUGGAAGCAUUGAAAUUAUGUCAAGAUUCAAACGAUGGCCAACAACGUUUGAAUAUCUUAGUCAAUUGCGCUGGCGUUGCCAAUGCAUUUAAAUUGUAUAAUUUUAAUUCACAAAAACCUCAACGGCUACGAGAUUUUCUUGAUUUAGUUGAUAUCAAUAUCUAUGGUACAUUCAAUGUGAUUCGAUUAGCGAUACCAUUGUUGGUUAAUAAUCCAAUGGGUGUAAAUGGAACAAAAUCGGUUAUCAUAAAUACAUCAAGUAUAUUGGCAUGGGAAGGCCAUGAAGGGCAGACUGGUUAUGCGGCUACACAAGGAGCAUUGAAUUCUAUGACAUUACCAUUAUCCAGAGAUCUGGCCAAAGAAGGCAUACGUGUCAAUACAAUUGCUGCCGGUUUUUUUGAAACACCAUUAGUAAUGCGAUCAAAUGCACCAGAAUUAUUAGAAUUCAUUCAAUGUUCUACACCUUGCCCUUCAAGACUUGGUCAACCGGAAGAAUUUGCCAAACUAGUCGAGACAAUUAUUGAAAAUCCUAUGCUGAAUGGGGAAAUAAUACGAUUGGAUGGUGCAUGUAGAUGGCCAGAAAGGGGAUAAUCAUUCUAUCAUCGUUUUGUAAUAUAGUAGUAUUUUUUUAUUGAUAAAAAAAAUCAUUUCAUUUGUCCAUCAA